GCUUUCAAAAUUUCAGACGAUCUUACUUCAUAGAAUCUAUUCUAUAGUAAACGUCCUCUUCUGAGUUCACCAAAUGAGCUACAGAUUCUCCAUCCCAGUUGAUGAGAUAGAUCCUCGGUGCCCCAAGAGUGAGGCCUUUACUCUCGAACUGUCCGCAAGGAUGGCGGUGCGCGCUUGCGCGUUCUGUAUAGAGAGUGGCGAUGAUCUCGGCCCUUUUUUCAUUGGCUUCGGCCGUGUGAACUGGGUGGGUGGCGAUGGAAGUCUGAUGGGACCGUUUUUUCAUUGCGGUCUUGGCUUGUUCAAGGACGUGAAGAAGAAAAAUUUUCAACCCUCUUUCCGACCUACCGUCUACUUCGAAACACCACUCUACCACACGAAGACUAAACUCGAAUAUAGAGCGAUAAGAAGGCAAAGGGCUGUGAAUCUAUGGGACUUGCUGUUCUGCAAGUUGUUCGAGAGUCACGCAGAGAAAUUUUCAAUCCUCCCUCGGGGUCUCGAUACUCCGCGUUCCUCGCUCACGAAGACCAGGCUCAAAUACAAAAGGAAGACAAGGGGAAAGGGAUACAAAUCUCUGGAUUGGCCAUUCUGUGGACUGUUCGAGAAUGCGACCUCACUUUUAGGCAUUGAGGAUCGGGUUAUCGUCUAGGUGGAAAAUUUUGGUUUGGUGUGCUGUCAUGCAGCCAAGGACGGAUUCCCCAAGGCGGCGCGCUCGAAGGAUUGCACGUUAAGAUUUGA